AUGCCACACAGACGCAGCAAGACCAUGCAACACAGAGGCCUGCCACACAGUGAUGCACUGGGUGAUUCCAGUGACAGCGACCUUCCAUUCCAGUUCAGUUACUUCACUCGCAAUCACCGAGAACAGCACUCAGAGAAGACUGGAUCCACCAACAAUGAGGCCAUAUCAGAUGCGGAGUUGGGGCCGGUGGCUACUGCUGCUAGAAAGCGACAACGGCGCCCAACUCUUGCAAUUGCCACUCAUGAAGCAGAUGUAGCAAAGUCCAAGAAACGCCGCCUUGCAAGAGCAGAGAAGGGAGCAUUGAGUGGAAAGCGAGCAAAGCCUCAAUCAGUUUCCCCCACUGCUGUCCAUGCCAGUUAUCCUGCAAGACGUCAAAAAAGUCCUACAUCAAGACUGCGACCUCAGCCAGGUUAUACUAAUGGCAAAGAUAGCAUGAACGCAGACUCUCCCUCAUCGGAGCAGGAAGCACUGGCUGAAAGGGAGGAUCCGGAUUUUCUUUCCAACUCUGGGUCUCAGCGUAGUGACGAACAAAACAGUGCUCAGUCCAACAAUGACAACGGUCCCACGUGGGAGCAACUUGAGCCAAGCGCUGGGCCAUCCCGAGGACGCAUCCGAGUGUAUAGCUCAGGGACCCAUGACCGCCGACGUGAAACUGGGUCUACCUCACAAUCCAAACUUGCACCAUACAAUUUCUCUUCUAGCCCAAUUCAACAUCACCGCGACGAACAAGCCACAACCAGCAACCACGAUCAGCCCAGCCCCUCUAAUGCAGCAUCUGUCACAGUACAUGGUGUUGCUAGUCUUGGGCCAAAGGGCUCUGUCAAGAAGAGGAAGCAGCGGACAGAGGGUGAGCCAACCGUGAAAGAUGCGACCUUGGACUUCUGGCGCCGGAAAGGUGAUGACACCUCAUCUGUUGUCACCCAGUCACGCGUAGCAUUCCUUCGGCUCGUUGCAACAAACCCCUGGUCCCUGGGCAAGCACAAGACCAAUGGGUUACGAAAUGAAGACACCUCUGUACAUGCUCGAUUUGCCCAUGAUGCUCUGAUGGGAACUGCCCAAAGACUUGGACUGUCGCGCGACCAGUUUACUGUGAAGCCACUCAUGAUAACAACACUGAUCAGGAUUGUCUCAAACUUUCGCAAUAGAUUCCGAACGCAAGCCAUCCAGGCAAUCAAGGAUCAUUAUAAUCUCGCUGAUUUAGCCAGUACUGAGCAGGUUGAGAAAGCAACGGAACUAUUGGAUGGGUUUAAUUACAUUUGGCACGACUAUACUACGAAGGGUGGUCCAUACGAACACCCCUUGAUUGCCGAAGUUAUCAUGGUUUUCUUCCACUACAAGUUACAGCACAUCCCGCAGCGUCUGGGUGAAUUAUAUCUGGACAAUUUCAAGGACUUUAAUGACCACCGUGAGCUCAUCGCUCUCGCACUCUCAGCGAUUCAUUGCGCGCUCCAGAAUAUUGCAAACAAUAAAACGGAGUUCGCAGCUUCACGGUUCAGCUCCAUCCAUGAAAACCACUUGAUCGACCUUCAAGAAUUCUCAGUCAGGAAGUCAAAGAGAUGGGCACGGAUUUGUGCCGAGUUAUUUUGGACGGUUGCGUGGGUCUGGACUUGGCGUGCACUGGAAAGAGAGCACUUGUAUGAGGAGAACAGUGGGAUGAUUGUUGCCGCUGCAGAGAAGCCUCUGGGGAACAUUGGUGGAUGGAGUGAUUCCGACUAG